AUGGCAAGUGGUGAAACAAGCGCAUUGGCUAUUGGUCGACGAGUGGUUUUACCCGCAAAUUUUAUUGGCGGUCCAAGGAACAUGGGAAGAAAAUACAUUGAUGCUAUGACAUUAGUGCAAAAGUUUGGUAAGCCUGACAUUUUUCUAACAUUAACCUGUAACCCUAAUUGGCCAGAAAUCAAACAACGCAUGAUGGGUAAUGAGGAAACACAAAACAGAGUAGAUUUAAUUGUUAGAGUCUUCCAUGCAAAACUUGAGGAAUUUAAAAAUGAAAAUUUUAAAAAUGAAAUUUUUGGGAAGGUUGUUGAACAUACUCAUGUUGUAUCAAGAGCAAUAAUUGAAAUUAAUGAUGGAACUGGAACAAUUGCUGCAAGCAUAUCAACUCCAGAAAUUGAAAAGUUAAUUCCGUUAAACCCGAAUGAAGUCAAGGAUGUAGCAGAAAAUGUAAGGUUAUCUAACUACUACUGA